CUCUGCAGAUAUGGAGAUUUUGUCACAGAUGUGGUCGUUCUUGGGACUCCUAACAGUACUCCAGAACAUCCUGCCCUCCCAGAUCCUAUCCCUCCUCCAUUCCUUCUACGAGUCCCUCCAAGACCUCUUCUCCCCUUACUCCUACUUCGAUAUCCCCGAAUUCAACGGUUACUGUGGAGUCGACAUCAACGAACUCUACCGCGAUGUCAACCUUUACCUCAACUCCCUUAACCCCGCCGCCGCUGCCACCAACUGCCGCCGCCUCACCCUCUCCCGCUCCAAGUCCUCCAACCGCAUUUCCUUCACCGUUGCCCCCAACCACACUGUGCAGGACACCUUCCUCGGUCACUCUCUCUCUUGGACGCACCACGUGGAGACCGUACAAGAUUCCCUCGACGAGAAACGUAGCUUCACUCUCAAGCUUCCCAAGCGCCAUUGUCACAAUCUCCUCAACCCCUACCUCAAUCACGUUAGCUCGAGUGCUGAAGAGUUUGAGCGUGUGUCACGUGAGAGACGCCUCUUCACCAACAACGGCCAUGGCUCUUUCGAGUCAGGUUGGGUGUCUGUCCCCUUCCGUCACCCUUCUACCUUUGCCACUCUGGCGCUGGAGGUCCAGUUGAAGAGGCAGAUAACGGAGGACUUAAUGGCGUUUGCCAGUGGGAGAGACUUCUAUCACAGAGUUGGACGAGCCUGGAAACGAGGAUACCUGCUGUAUGGCCCACCAGGGUCUGGAAAAUCAAGUUUAAUUGCAGCCAUGGCUAACUAUCUCUGCUACGACGUCUAUGAUCUCGAGCUUACAAAAGUCACGGACAAUUCUGAGCUGAGAGCGCUGCUUAUUCAAACAACCAACCGUUCCAUAAUUGUUAUUGAGGACAUAGACUGCUCUGUUGAUCUAACGGCAGAGAGAGUGAGAAAGACGAGCAACAGAAGGAGAUCACAGGCGGCAUCAGGGAAACGAGCAGACAAUUAUAAUAAUUAUUAUUAUUAUCAUAAGAGUAGUUUAGAGGAGAAUAAUGGUGGUAGAGUGACAUUGUCAGGUCUGUUGAACUUCACUGAUGGGUUAUGGUCAUGUUGUGGAGAGGAGAGGAUCAUCGUCUUCACCACCAACCAUAGAGACAACGUGGAUGAAGCCCUGGUGAGAUGUGGGCGGAUGGACGUGCAUAUAAACCUAGCCACCUGCGGAAUGCACGCCUUCAAAGUGCUGGUCAACAACUACCUGAAACUGGAGUGGCAUGAGUUGUUUGACGUGGUGGACAGCUACAUAAAGGCGGGUGGGGCACUAACGCCAGCACAAAUAGGAGAGAUCUUGUUGAGGAACAGAGGAGAUGCAGACGUGGCAAUGAAGGAAGUGGUGUCGGCCAUGCAGAUGCAGGUUAAGAAUCAGAAUCACAGCCGCAGGGAGUAUGACGAGAUGAUGAUGAUGAUGAGUAGGUCACCGGAGAGCAUAUUAUUGGGAGGAGGAUCGCCAGAGAAUUGGGAGUCAUCAUCACCAGGGAAGGCUUUGGGGAGAAAAAGGAAAGAGAAUGGAGAGAAGAAAGCGAAUUUCUUGGUGAGGCUGAGGUCAUUGACCAAGUCCGAGUCUGGCAGAAGAGGUGUAUGAGUAAUUGUUUUGUUUUGAACAAGAAGUACCACUAAAUGGUUUGUUUUGUUUUGUUAGAUGUAUUUCUAUUAUCUAAUGGAAAUGGAGUAUGAAUACACAAAACAAAUAGUU